AUGAAGACUCUAAAUACGGCCGAUUUUGGAAAGGUAAUGAAACGUGCUUUCCCCAACGUAAAACCGCGACGUCUGGGACAACGUGGUCAGUCCAGGUACUGUUAUGGUGGUAUGCGCAAAAAGACUGAAGUCAAACCACCUUAUCUUCCGGACUUGACUGAUGAGGCGCUUGGUCUGACUGCACAGGGCGGUCCAGGGCAUUCUACAACUUCUCCAGCAAGUAGUUCAAGCACAAGUGGUGAAACCUCACACAGGCGCCUGACUACAACAAGCCCUCUUAUUCGGUUACUUCAGACUAACGAAUCGGGGACUGAUGGUUCCACGUGGGCAGAUGAAUCAACUAUCCGGACAGUAUUGGGUGUCCGUGGCCCGGUAGUGGCUGACGUCGCACACAUUCUAUUGGAGUAUGCCCAACAAGUGUUGGGAAUGCAAUUCCAGUCUUUGUUCCAUCUGGCCCAGCACUUGGUUUCAUAUCGUUACGUUAGUUCCCGGUCUCGUUACGCGUUUUCCCUCAUUGCCCAUGCGGCUAAUACGCAAUCCACUUCCUGCUCACCCCCUCCAACUGCCGUGUUGGCCGAGGCACUACAGAAAGAUCUGUCGCGAACUCCGACAAGAUUGACUCUCGGUGGUUCCUCCCCCAUGCCAUCUACUCCAACAACUGCAGCCUCAAGUGGAUCCUUGGACAAUCAUCCAUUGCUCAGUGUCGAUCGAAGCCCCAUUGUUACCGGUAGCGGAAAUACUCGUGGGUUUUCUACUCCUCUGUCCUCAUCGAUUUCCCAGCCUGACUCGGUGACCACCCAUCUUCCCGAGUGCUCGACUCCGCAACCAACAGGAGCCUAUCGAUCGUUCACAUCAAAUUUUCCCACCCAACAAAAUCACAUGGGUUCCUCAUCUGGCUCCAACAUGUAUAAUGCGGCCUCUCUUGUUUCACCGGGGUUAUCACAGAAUUUCUCGCACACAACACAGGCGUAUGCCCAGCCUACACCGUUCUGUCAGAUUUUGCGACGUUAA